AUUUCCAUUCAAACAAAAAUCUUCUUCCCAUUUUCUCUCCUCACCUCCUUCUCUGCUCUCCAUUCUGGCAUUCAGCAACAAAAAACCUGACUAAGACUUUCUCUCUCUAUUCUCUCUCUCCUCCAUGGGAAAACCUCGAAGUGCCAAACGUGCUCUUGACUCCUACACCGUUAAACCCCUUAACAAAAUCAUCAAGCCGGGAGAUUGUGUGCUGAUGAGGCCAGCGGAACCUUCGAAUCCUUUGUACGUGGCACGUGUAGAGAAGUUAGAGUCAGACGCACGUGGUACAAAUGUGAGAGUACACGUGCGGUGGUAUUAUCGUCCAGAAGAAUCUAUCGGAGGUAGAAGACAGUUUCAUGGCUCAAAGGAAUUGUUUUUGUCGGAUCAUUUUGAUGUUCAAAGUGCUGAUACUAUUGAAGGGAAAUGUACGGUUCAUAGUUUCAAGAGUUAUACUAAGCUUGAUGCUGUUGGAAACGAAGACUUCUUCUGUCGUUUUGAGUAUAACUCUGCUUCUGGUGCUUUCACUCCUGAUCGUGUUGCAGUGUACUGCAAGUGUGAAAUGCCUUAUAAUCCUGAUGAUUUGAUGGUUCAGUGUGAGGGAUGCAGUGAUUGGUUUCACCCCGGUUGUAUAGAGAUGACAGCAGAAGAGGCUAAAAGACUUGACCACUUCUUCUGCCAAAAUUGUUCCUUAGAUGAUCCAAAGAAGUUGGAGAGCUCACAUGCUGCAUCUAGACAUUCUGAUACAAAGAUAGAGAACAAUGGCCACAUAGGAUAAGUUUUUCUGGACCAAAGGUAGAAUUUGUAGUUGGAAAUAGGGAACUGGCAUGAUGUGCAAUUGAGAUAUCUGUGUGAGCAUCCGGGUGCAUCUGGAAUUGACAUACUAGUGGCCCUAAGCUUUAAUCGAGUAAGAUUUUGGUCUAUUGGGACUUAGGAAAGCUAGAGCUUGUUGCUUUAAUUUAUUGCUUAGCUUUUUACUUAUUCUUAUUGGAAUCAUAUUUGACAAGAAACAUGGGACCGAACCACACUAGACCAUAUCAACCUCAUCAAAUCAAAUCGAAUUAGACCAGAUCUUACGUUCUUACUACUUAUUAUCAAUUUAUUUAUUCUUAUUAUUUUGGUGUUAUAAUAUAAUAUUACUAUUUAACCAUUAUUAUUUAUAUAUGUUUGGCUAUCAUAAUAUUAUUUAUAUUUGUCGAGUCGGUUAAUAAUUUUAUGUUUAGUUUAUUUUUGAGUCAUACCAGUUUUGAAUUAGAUAGAAAGAUGUAUAUGUUAUAAAACUUAUAUUUUCAAAAUCAGGUUGACGUAACGUAUAGCUUGUAUCUAUCAAAAAAAAUUUAAGUGAAAAAUCUAAUUACAUUUCUUAUUUAUUAUGGCUUUCCUCAAAUUCAUAAUAAACACUAUUAGAAAUUUGGUGUUAUAUGAUGAUUUCAAUGCACUAUCUAUGUAAAGUUCUAUAAAAUACCAUCAAAUUCGGUUACUCUUUUAAAAUAGAGAAAAUUACCCAGAAUAAUCCAAUCUUGUCGUGAUUUUCUUACAAUAAUCUCAUCUAUUGAUUAACCACGAAUAAUCCAAAUUUUGAGUGGUGUUUGUCUUGAAUAAAUUAAAGUAACCUACCACCUAUAUUAUAGGUAAUUUGUUGUGAAAAAAUAAAAAAAAAUUGAAAAAGAUAAAAUAUAUUAAUGAAUUUCAAAUAUAUUGAACUGCAAAUAAUUAAUCAUGAUUCAUAGGAGGAUUGAUUCUUCAUGCCACCAAAGUGCAAAUGAUUAUUCAUGGAGCUAAUCUUGCUAAGAGAAGAGUGGAGUGGUUUUGUGUGCUUGUUAAUGGCGAUGCGGGGGUUGGGUGGGCUGAGAGGAUUUAUGGUGUUUGGGAUGGGUGGUCCUGGCGGCAGGGGUGGUAAUCUGGGCAUGUUGCAAAGAUUAGAUGUUGUGAGUGACCGGUGAAUUGAGAGGGAAAAGGCAGCUUUUUGCUCAUAGAUUUUGGUGGCUGUCUAUAAGGGGAAGGGUUAGAAGUUAUCAAAGAUGCAAUGGGAUACCUUGCUCUUUGGUUGCUGGAAAUGUUGGAUAAAAUAAUUCUUUUUGUAAUAAAGGUAAAGUUUUUGGUGACUAAUAGAAUAUCAUAUAUCAAAAAAGACAGUUAACGUGAAAUUUGAAUGACCAAGCAUGUAUUGUGCACUUGUCCCAUCCAAAAAAAGCAUAUUCCUUCCUCGGAUUUGUUUGAGAUAGAAAUAGUUUUAUGAGUGUAGACAUUAAGCUAAAAUAUAAUAUACAUCUAUUAUCCAUUUAUACACCAAAAAAGCUUUUAUAUCAAAGACAUACAUAAACUUUAUUGAAUUUGCUUUAUUAAUAUCAAAUAUGUAAGAGUAGUCGACAUUGAUAAUAUUUUAUAGGACUUUUACAUAGCUAAUCCAUUGAAGUCAUCAUUUAACACCCAUUUUCUGCUAACAUUUAUUAUGAAUUCGAGGGAAGCCAUAAUAAAUUGGGAAAAUUGAUUGUUAAAGAACAAACUUUGGAUCAUUUGCCAAUAGAAGUCCCAAAUUUGGAUUAAUAUCUUAAGUCCCAAUUUAGAACCCUAUUUGCUUUUAAAAGACUAAAAAGUCUAUUGGUUAACUAUCUAAUUUUGAUGACCCCUCAUUCCAGCUUCGACUACCUUCCCCUCCCUUCCCAUGGCUCCGGCAUCUCCCUCACCCUUCCCUGAGUCCGAUAACUCCACCCACCCCUAACCAAUCUAUGACGAUUUUUGUUGUUUCCACCCGAAGUGCUUGGAACCCUUCCACGCCAAUUACCAACCCCUACACCUGUCCCUCACCACUUUUGCCGACAGUGUCCCCCACCCAUACCCAACCUUCUCGCUUCCCGAUAAUUCCUUAAAAACCCUAGUUUAACCCAGAAAACUCUUUCGUCCACCGAGUUUCCCACCCCUUGAAACCCAUUUCCCAACAGCAAUUUCACCAAUGAUGGUGGUUGCGUGGGUUAGUGACGCUGGUGGUGGUAGUUGUGUUGGUUUUUGGUGGUCGCAUGGGUGGCUGCACGAGUGUUAGUUUUCACAUGGGAGCGGGCGAAGAAAGGUAGUGGGUCGUGAAGGUGAGCUUGUAUUUCCCCCUUUUUCGGUAUUUUUAAUUUUUUUUAGAUUUUAAGUUAUGUGGACCGACAUAAUAGCAACACAUGGCAUUUGUAAUCUAUUAUGCCUGUCAUAAUAUUGGUGAAUCUUUUAUUGACAAUGACACUCAGAGUUGGGACUUUUAGAUAAUAAUCCAAAGUUGGGACUUUUAUUGGUAAAUCGCCCAAAGUUGGGCAUUUUAAAAUCAAUUCUUCCUAAUAAAUAAGAAAUGUAAUUAGAAUUUUUCCAUAAAUUUUUUAGUGAUAGAUAGAUAUAUACAAGCUAUAAGUCAGUCAACUGGAUUUCAAAAAUAUUAAUUGUAUGACAUGUACGUCUUUUUAUCGAACUCAAAGGUGAUAUGAUUGAAAAAUAAACUGAACAUUAAAAUAAUAGUUAAAUAGUAAUAGUAAUUGAUAAUUCUUAUAAUAAUAAUAAGAGUAAUUAAUAAAAUUAAGUAAUAAGAAUUAGUAAGAUCUAAUAUGUUUUGAUCCUGAUCAGGCCUGGUUUGGUUUGAACUGAAUAAGUGAUAAGCAAAAAUAUUAAGUUGAAAAAAAAUUCAAGUCAACUAUUAUUUUUUGAUUUUUGAAGGUAUCAUCAAAUUAUCUUGCAUAUAUUUAAAAAAUUUUGGAGGGGUGAUUCCCCUUGCCAUCUCAAUGAUGUUUCGCCACUGUGUGGAAAUGUAUCAUGACAUUACAUCUCCAUUUUCUCUGGUUAAUAUUCUCCAACUUCUGGCCUGAUCCUACAGUUUUUGUCUUCCCAAUUUCUAAUACAUGUAUUUAUUCAUAAAUUCUUUUUGGGUGGAUGGAUCUCAUAUGGUCAUAUUCUUGUGAUUAAGGCUUUUUGAUUUUUGUUUGGGUGGAUGAAAAGGGGGGAAGGGUGCAUAGUGUAAAAUAUCGCCAACUGUAUUGUAAACGUUUUUGAGUAUGCGAAACAAAAUGAAAUAUAGGACGAAACAACCACAAAACCAUACUCAUUGACCUUGAAACUCAUUUUAAAUAUGGGGGUUUGGAACUGAGUUAUGACUUACAUUUGAUAUUUGAUUUAUUUGGACUUUGUAAUAGAUUUGGUUAUGCUAUAACUUGAGAAAUGUGCUGGUCUUUCACGAUCUAUUACUUGUGAUGAAACAAGCAUUCUUACUUAUUUAUUGGCUAUUGCUGUUGUACCUGAUUGUUGAGUACUAAGCUGAAUCAGGAAUUAGUCAUUUGUGGAGAUUGGCAAUGCAUCUGUUUCUGCAAUGACGGGUUACUUUCUGUUCUGUGCAUAUGUACCCUUCUGUUCAUCUUUAAUGGGGAACGGGAUAAUGGAUGUAGGCAUGUAGCCAAUCAGCAAUGUUUACUAGCUUCAUGAGAUCAAAUAUAAAGAAAUAUCAAUCCUUUGUUAAAUCUAUUCAGUAGGUACUCUUUGUAGAUCAUGACUCUUGAGUGUUUCAAACUUCUCAUACUAGUAUGAUAAUUUUGGGGCUCUGUGCGAUCGGACACUCUGCACACCCCCUAAACCGCCCUAUCUAUGCCUGUGUUCCAUUUAUCCAUGGUCUCACGUUCUUCUGUCGACG